ACCGUUUGUCCAAGCCUAAAACCCAAAUGCACUGCCUAAAAGUCUAAAACCCCCUUCAAGUGUUCGCUGUGUGUGUGGUAGCAGAGCAUAACUGUAACUCAAUUUCGCUUCCGAAGAGGAUCCCUCCCAAUGAGAAGGUUCACGUGGUUUACGCCGUAUUGCCGCCGUUUGCUCUCUUUUGCGUUUUCAGAACCUGUCGUCCAUAGAGGACACUGCUUCACCGAAUUAUUGCCUUUUCGCCAAUCGCCGUUUCUCAGUCGAGCUUUGUUCAAUCGCAGUAAUGUCCCAAAAUCGGAGGAGUUUCUGAGUUUGAGUAAACCAUUGAGAUAUCGAUAUAUUCAUGAUGCAGGUUUUUAUGAUAAAGGAUCACUAUGGGUUUUAUUUAGGAAAAGCUUAGAUGAAGUUCCUUAUAUCCAUAUUAUUCGAUUCUCAGAUCAAACAAGACUACCAUUUUCGACAUUGGUUGAGCAGGAUUAUUAUCAAGUUCUUGGCAUUUCUGAGAACGCCACUCAGGAUGAGAUAAAGAAGGCGUUUCUGUUGCUUGCUAAAAAGUACCAUCCAGAUGCAAAUAAGAAUAAUCCAUCUGCAAAGAGGAAAUUUCAAGAUAUAAGAGAAGCUUAUGAGACGUUGAGAGAUUCUAAAAAGAGGGCCCAAUAUGACAAGAUGAAGAUGCAAAGCCGUGGUUCACAGAACAUAGAAUAUGACGACCAUAAUGAUGAUUUUGCAGAAAGGUUUCAAAAUGCGAAAGAAAGGUUUCGAAAUGGUUUUCACCAUGAGUUUUCUUCUUCAUUUCAUACAGUAUUCUCUGAGCUAUUUGAAGAAGAAAUCACUCAUUCUUCAUCAAGUAUAGAGGUGGAGUUGUCCCUUAUUUUCUCAGAAGCUGCAAGAGGGUGCACGAAACAUGUGUCAUUUGAUGCAUUCGUUCCAUGUGAUUAUUGCGAUGGGAGAGGGUAUCCACCGCGUGCGAAGGCUAAAGUUUGUCCAACAUGCCGGGGAUUAGGUCGAGUAACAAUACCUCCAUUUACAUCAACAUGCAUUACCUGUAAAGGAUCAGGUCGCGUCAUUAAGGAUUUCUGUACGUCAUGUAGAGGAUCUGGGGUGGUUGAAGGGAUUAAAGAGGUUAAAGUUACAAUACCAGCAGGUGUGGAUACUGGAGAUACAAUCCAUGUGCCAGAGGCCGGGAAUGCCGUUAAAAGUGGAGCUCGACCUGGGAGUUUAUACAUCAAAAUCAAGCCUGCUCAAUUCAACUUAUCUAGCUCUUCCCUGGGACCCCUAGGCAACUUGGCUAGUAGCUUAAUUAUGGACAGGUUGCCGAGGAUUCAGUCUUUGCCAGGGAUGGUGCAGAUAUCUAUGUGGACUCUAAUAUUAGCUUUACGCAGGCUAUUCUUGGUGGCAAAGUUGAUGUGCCUACUCUAUCUGGGAAGAUGCAAGUAAAGAUACCCAAAGGUGUUCAACCAGGGCAGCUACUAGUAUUACGAGGAAAAGGACUACCAAAGCAUGGUUAUCUUCUUGUACAUCAUGGGGAUCAGUAUGUGCGUUUUCGUAUUAACUUCCCCACUAAAAUUAAUGAACGACAACGUGCUAUACUUGAAGAACUAGCAGAGGAGGAAAUAAAGCAGGAAAACCACUCAACAUUUGAAGGAAACUGGCUUUACCAGCAGCUAUGUACUGGUUGAACUUACAGGUGGAAGCAAAUUAUUGAACACUUGAACAGUCCAAAUAUUAUGGUAGAACUAUCUGUGCUGAUCUUAAUCCUCGUCCUCAUGCACAAAUUGUUGAGCUGAGAGCUUGUUCAGACAUCAUUUCCUUGGACUUGCCAAAGACAAAUCCAUGGAUUUGUUUUAUUCUUCUACCUUGUAAAGUAGAAGGUAAUGAAUUUACCAUUCAGGCACAUAAACAAUCUGAUAUGAUAUAGUGAAGCAAGGAGUGGGUGCUCAGAUUACUGAAUAAAGUUGUAGUUGUACGAAGCUAUUUCUUGGCGCCAGUUCCUUUUUCAAUACUUAUGAAAAUUUCACGAGGACCCUUCUGAUUAAUUCUUAGGCCAUCAUCAUGGUAUUCAGAACAGAGAUGGGAACAUGUUGUGUAUCAUUUUUUCUUCUCUUAUUCUUUCAAUAUUUUAAAUUUGGUGCGAUAAUCUUGUAACUAUUCCCAAGUGUUGCCUUCUUCAAUCCAUUGUUAUACUUCAAAUGAUAUAACCACAAA